UUUAGACCCGGCGAGACUCUGGACGAGUUCAGUGUGAAACCACCAUCCUCUAGAAUCACUUUCUUCGCGCAGGACGCGCUUUCCGCGUGGAAGCUCUCGUCGCGUUGUGUUCCAACCGGCGGGGAAGCUCGUCGUGCGGUUUGGAAGGACGUUUUCGUCCUCUUGGUCCUCCGUCCUGGUGUUUAAAAAUUUUACAUCUCGCGAAGAAAACUAGAAAGCGAGGGGAGAAAAAGAUUAUCGUCAUCACGAUGGCGUACAGCUGGGAUAAUCGUGUUAAUUUCAUAGUGAAAUUUCUGUACGAUAUCGAUAACAACGGAUACUUGGACAAGCACGAUUUCGAGUGCAUGGCUCUAAGAAUGACUCUAAUCGAAGGCAAGGGCGAGUUCAACUACAGCCGGUACCAAGAAAAUCUUCACAUCAUGCUGUCUUUGUGGGAAGAAAUAGCCGAUUUGGCAGAUUUUGAUAAGGACGGUGUAGUAACAAUAGAAGAAUUCAAAAGGGCUGUGCAAAAUAGCUGUGUUGGUCGUUCUUAUAACGAUUUUCCUCAAGCUAUGAAGAUGUUCAUCGAUAGCCACUUCAAAAUACUUGACAUGAACGAGGACGGCGUAAUUUGUGCCGAAGAAUUUCGAUACGAUUGUGUUUCAAGGAUUGCUGUGGAUAAUGUAGAUAUCCUUGAUAAAGCUUAUCAAAGUCUUUUGAAUGAUGACGAUAGAAGACGAGGUGGAUUGACCUUAUCGCGUUAUCAGGAAUUAUAUGCACAAUUUCUCGGUAACCCUGACGACAACUGUCCAGCAAUCUACCUCUUUGGACCAAUAGAACUAGAAUCAUAACUGAAAUAUUCGCCAUUUCGAAGCACCAUGAAUCUUUAUUGUAUGUACAAAGAGAUGCACACACACAAAAUGUAUUUAACUUAAUCUGUACGAAUUCUCGUAAAAAUUAUUAUAAUAAAUCUGAUAUUUUAUUGUAAACGAAA